AUGGAAGCUUUAUUCUUUAACAUAAAUGAUGGUUACUUGGAAGGUAUUGUGAGAGGAUAUAAGAGUGGUAUACUCACUUCAAAUCACUACAUUAACUUGACGCAAUGCGAAACUCUUGACGAUCUAAAGCUUCAGUUAAGUGCUACGGAUUAUGGUAACUUUUUAGCUAAUGAGCCUUCCCCCAUUGCUACUUCAACUAUACAUGAAAAAGCGACACAGAAAUUAGUCGAUGAAUUUAAGUACGUUCGUGCCAACGCUGUGGAGCCAUUGGCCAGAUUUCUUGAUUAUUUAACGUAA